UAGGUGCGAAAACAUAUUGAUAACCGAGAAUCUAGAACCAAAAAUUUCAAAUUUCGAUUAUACUUAUGCUUUACGGGCUUACACUUAUGACAUCGGAAGAAUUACACAAAUCGUUCGCUGGUUAGCUCCUGAAAAAAUGGAUUACUGGAAUCGUUAUACUACACAAUGUGACAUAUUUAGUUUUGGAAUGUUACUUUGGGAAUUAGCAUUUCAAAGAUUUCCAUAUGAAGAUAUGGAAAUUGAUGAAAUUAAAAAACAUGUAUUAAGUGAUAAAAGAGAACAUUUAAAUUUUCUUUCUAGUUCAUAUGGAGUUGAAAAAGAAUAUGGCAACAUAAUUAGAGCUGGUAUGAUUUUAUCUUUUGUAAAAAUAACAAUUUAGUGAAUUUAUUUAUAACAUUAAAUGUUUAAAUGUUAAAUUUACAUUUUAGCUUGGCUAUCAGACCCAUCUCUUCGUCCUGAAUUAAG